AGCAAGCCAUUGAAUGGAAUGAAGAAACAUGAAAGAAAUGGGGAAGCCAAGGUAUCAUCAGUUGAUCUUGUUUCUCUUCCUCUUGUGUUCACGUCUGAAUAUUGGGCAAAACAAAGCCUAUGCUCAAGGAACCACUUCCAACAACUCUAGAAACACAACUAGUUCAUUUGAUGUGGGUGUGAUUCUUGACACUAAGACAUGGGUGGGAAACAUAAGCUGGAGAUGUAUGGCCAUGGCCAUGGAGGACUUCUACAAUUCUCACUCAAACUUCACCAAAAAGCUUUCUCUUCAUUUGCGAGAUGCCAACAAGGAUGAUCGUGUUGCUUCUGCUUCUGCAGCUAUUGAUCUUUUGAAGAAUGUUCAAGUGCAAGCUAUAAUUGGACCACAAACAUCAAGACAAGCUAAGUUUGUGAUUGAGCUUGGAAACAGUGCUCAAGUUCCAAUCAUCUCUUUCACUGCUAAGAGCCCUUCUCUUUCAACAAAGCAGUCUCCAUACUUCAUCAGGACUGGAAUGAAUGAUGCUUCUCAGGCCAAAGUCCUUGCUUCUCUUGUUCAAAACUUUGGAUGGAGACAAGUAGUCCUGAUCUAUGCAGACACCGAGUUCGGGAACGGAAUUAUACCGCAUGUCAUCGAUGCCCUUAUUGAGAUCGAUGCCCGUGUAACUUACCGGAGUCCAAUUCCUAUUUCAGCCAAUGAUGAAGCCAUUAGCAAGGAGCUUGAGAAGCUCAAGGACAUGCAAACCAGAGUCUUCAUUGUCCACAUGCCAUAUUCUCUUGGUUUCAAAGUCUUCUCAAAUGCAAAUAAAACAGGAAUGAUGAACAAAGGUUAUGUUUGGAUCACUACUUAUGGCUUGACAGACAUUGUGGACCUCUAUGGAUCAUCAGCAACCAGUGUAAUGCAAGGUGUUUUGGGUAUUAAACCUUAUAUCAGUGAGGAUAACCCCAGGCUUCAAGAUUUCAAGGCAAGAUUUGUAAAGAAAUUCAAGUUGGAGAAUCCAUCUGCUCAAAUUAGUGAACCCUUGACAGUGUUUGGUUUAUGGGCUUAUGAUACUGUAUGGUCAUUAGCGAUGGCAGCCGAGAGUCUUUCUUCGGCAAAUUAUACAUUCUCGAUGAACAAUGUGAGGAAGAACUCUACUGAUUUGGAAAGUAUUGGUAAAUCUCAGACUGGAUUAGAAAUUGUCCAGUGGAUCUCAAACUCCACAUUUGAUCGAAUUAGUGGGAAGUUUCAGCUGAUCGACAGACAGCGAGAGGUGGACAAAUUUGAGAUUGUUAAUGUUGUUGAAAAUGGGAGAAAGAGGAUUGGAUUUUGGACACCAGUCUAUGGUUUUUCUAAAGAAUUAAAUUCAAAGAAUGUUAGUAUUGAAGUAGCCAAAUGGCCUGGUGAUUCUGAUCAUGUUCCUCCUAGAGGAUGGGAGUGGCCAACCAAUGGGAGAAAUCUUAGUGUUGGAAUUCCAGUGAAACCCGGUUUCCCUGAGUUUGUGAAUGUUACUACUAACGAUUCUUCAAUUCGACCAACGGGUUACUGCAUUGAAAUCUUUGAUAAAGUAAUGGCUGCAUUGCCUUAUAAAGUCAAUUAUACUUACGAACUUUUUGCCAAUGAGAAGGGCGAAAUGAAUGGAAGUUAUGAUGAUCUUGUUUAUCAGGUGUACGUCAAGAAGUAUGAUGUUGUAGUCGGUGAUAUAACAGUGAUAGCGAACCGAUCUCAAUAUGUUGAUUUCACUCUGCCGUACACUGAAUCUGGUGUGUCGAUGAUUGUCCCUGUUAAGGAUCAGAGUAGGAAGAAUGCAUGGACAUUUGCAGAGCCAUUAAGCACAAACCUCUGGAUUGCAAGUGGUCUAUUCUUCAUCUUCACUGGGAUUGUGAUUUGGAUUUUGGAACACCGUGUUAAUGUAGAAUUCCGAGGCCCUCCGUCUAACCAAAUUGGCACAAUCUUCUACUUCAUUUUCUCAACUCUCGUCUUCUCUCACAGGGAAACUAUAGUGAGCAAUUUAGCAAGGAUUGUUCUGAUUAUUUGGUUUUUUGUAGUCCUGAUUCUGCAACAAAGUUAUACUGCAAGCUUAUCGUCGAUACUGACAGUGGAACAACUCCAACCAACUCUAAAUGAUUUGACUGAGCUUGCAAGGACAAAUGACAAAGUUGGCUACUUGGUUGAUUCAUUCAUGCCCAAUCUCUUGAAAGGAAUGAACUUCGAUGAAACAAGACUCAUUCCAUACAACUCUGCAGAUGAGUACAACGAGGCAUUAAGCAAUGGAACAGUGGCUGCCGUUGUCGAUGAGAUUCCAUACCUGAAAGUGUUCCUCCACAAGUACUGUGACAAAUACACAAUGGUUGGACCUACAUACAAAACUGAUGGAUUUGGCUUCGCAUUCCCGAUAGGAUCACCAAUGGUUGCUGAUGUUUCAAGAGCCAUCUUAAGAAUCACAGAGAACAAAGAAAUAAUGGAACCCCUUGAUAAUCAGUACUUGUAUGAUGAUGAAGCAUGUUCUGUUGAGGGCGAUGGUUCAUCUUCAAGCAUGAUUACGUUCAGGAGCUUCUGGGGAUUGUUUCUCAUUACUGGUGUGACUUCCAUGCUUGCAUUACUGAUACAUAUAUCCAUGUUCUUCUUUCAGAAUUGGCGCAUUGUCAGAGAUGCUGAUCCUGAGUUAUCUUUUGGGCAAAGACUUCUUUUGUUGAUCAAAUACCAUGACAAGCCAGACUUAAAAUGUGCUGAUACAUUCAAGGAGAAAGCAGAAGAAGAAGAAGAAGAGGAAAUGGUUGCAUUGGAGAUGCAGAGUCCAGUGAGCACUUCUUAUAAUGGACAUGGUGAUCAUGUUGUUGGGAAUGAUGAUGAUGGUGAUGCAGAGACUCCAUCAGAGGGUGAAGGGACACCAGGUAGAGAAAUUGGUGGCCAAUUUCCAGACGCACCUUCAUUUGCAGAUAUGUUGAGUCAUAGAAGGGGUUAUGAUUCUGCUUAGGAUGGACUAUUUCCAAAUUUACUGAUACUGUAACUUUUGGGAUCUCUAUGGUUAUGGAAGACCCAAACUAAAAAUAAAAAAGGUGGGGAUCCAAAUAUAUUAGCCAUUGAGAGAAAAAAUGUUGUUACGCUAUAUAUAUAUAUAUAUAUUUGUGGCAAUGGUUGUUGAAAUCAU